CAGUGGCCCGCCAUUCAUAGGGCGCUGAUAGAGUAUCGAACAGUGCCCUGGACCGACGGUAUCGUUACUAUUAUUGUUGAUAUCAUCGAAAUCGAUGUAUCUCUCUCGCCAUAUCUGCACGGACGCUGCGUUUAAAGUCAGCUUGUUACCUGUAGUUUGCACUUGCCAGUCAUUACGUGUGAACAUAAUCGAUUGAUUAACGUAGGCAAUAUAGGUGAUUUGGUGCUUGAUUAAUGGACAGCAGUUCAAGCUGUGCGUUAACAAGAGAAGAGGUGACCCAUUGUCACUUCGCAUGUAGUGGUAUAUGGUAAAAGAACGUUUAGAUAAGGUACUGUCUAAUUAAAACAAUACUGUUGUAAUAGUCGACAAGGCUGCGAGAUGUGGAUAUCUUCCUAGAUUUUUUUGCUGGAACAGGAUAUAUUUUUUCAACGCUAUCUCAGCUUUUUUGAUAGAUAUUUACGGCGCAUGUAGCUAUUUGAGUUUCACUUGUGUAUGUUUAUAACCAGUUGGCACGUACUAAUAAAAGAGGCAUAAAUUGCAUGACGAGGGCAUCUCCUUUUUGCUCUAGACCGUAAACUAGGUGGAGUGACGACUUUUCGAGUGUCAACUGUCACUUAACUCGAAGCUCGAUCGGACCAUCCCAAACUGGUCGUCGACAUUAUGCUACAAGUGAAUUGAUUCUCUGAGAGAUUUGGCCAGUAACGUAAAGAAAGGUGCUAAGACAAUAUUACACUAAGGCCAAUCAGAACUUUUUCGGAAUUUGCUAAUACGCGGCAAUGUUCAUAUUUACCUUUGGUUCAGCAUUUGAAUUCUGCAAACCACUGAAUUGCGUAAGACAUCAAAUGAUAUCUCAUUCAUCCUAAAAUUACUCUGUCUGUAAUUAGCUAAUUUCCUCUUGGCAAAUCACACGUGUAUGAUCUCUUGCUUCCUCAGUAAUGAGAAAUAAGCCUACUAUUUGCAUCAUGUUUGUUGAUGGCAUCUUACAGUUUUACCCUUGCGUAUACUGCUCAUUGUACUAUUAUAAUAGAUCGUAUGUGCUUGAUGAGCGAUCCUCUGGGCGAGAACUUUGUUAUGUAACGUUGAAUUAAGCAAAAAUAUACAUGGAUGUUCGCGCGCCAUUGGCAGUUCAUCUACUUUCGCACUUUUUUUAUGUCGAGGCAGAGCAGCAAAUGGCGGGAUAGGCAACGGUACAGAAGAUAACUUUGUUUUUAUUUCGACCUGAUCCAUAAAGAAUUGUGUUAUUGUACCUUAACAAUUAUUAUAUAUUUUCGACCGAGAUCAUAAAAAAAAAGAAGCUUCUUGUAUCUUCCUUGAUCAUCGACAGUUAACCUCAACUCUUUUUCUGCCGAGUACUGGUACAGCUUAUCAGCCAUUUUAAGGGGCUUACUUUACUUAUUGUUGUUAUUUUAUGUUUAUAUAGUAUUGCCCAUCCAAUUGAGUCUGUCUGUAUGGUUGAUCUUCUGUUCCUCAGAAAAAGAAUCUGGACUACACAUAAGUUAAGGUUGAGUUAGGUAAUAAAUUAGUGUCAUCUUAUUUGACGGCUGCGUUGUUUUUUUGUUGGCUAUUAGAGCGGGCUCGAAACAUCGUUGUGGUAACAAUUCAUGGGAUUUCGUUUUGUUAGCAAUCGUGCGGUUACUACUCUCAUCGAUGCUGUUCGGCUCUGUUGCAGUCGUCGGUUUGACGCGGCUGCUGGUGCGCUGCGUUUUUCUCCUCUGCUUGUUCUUCACGCUUUUUUAGAUUUUUUUUCUCCUCUGCGCGUUUGGGUUUGCCGAUGGGUGGAUGGACCGACAGAUCAACAAACAGAUGGACAAGACGAACGGAGCUGUGCUUGUAGAAAAGUUGCCAUGCUAGCGAGCUUGCUAGGCACUAUGCUAGGAAGCAACACCAGUCUUUAAUUGGAAGUGACCCGCAACGGUGGCAAUAGUUGUGAUCGCAUUAGUUCUUGUAUCUCGAUUCGGUUUGGAAAAAUGUCGCCGCCAUUGUGGACUGUACUCCGACAGUCCGUUCGUAUUUGCGUCCGCUAGUAACCGCUAUUCUCCUCCAAUAAGGGUCAUCAGCACCAUCACCAGCGAGUAACGGCCAUUACGAUUCUCGCUCUGCCUUUAUCAUACCGAACUCGUCUACGUGAGCGUACAUGAUUAGCUAUCUGACUAGUAGCUGCUUGUCUGUCUGUAUAUUCCCCAUGGAUAUGAUGAUAUCGAUGAUGCAAAUGUCUCGAUGGGCGGAUGGUUGCGUUUGAGUGAGUGUGUGCUUGUGUUUCUUAUUUACGUGUGCAGAUGCUGGCAAUGGGUACCGUAGCAACGGCCGUGCAUAAGGGCGCGCAUGUCUAACGUGUGAUAACAACUUCAGCUGGUCCAAUGACUAUACGGAUAGAAUUCUAAUUCGAAGUGACCUGUGAUUGCCUUUAUCCAGUACCAAUCGCUGGUUUUGCUGCCUGACGAUGACUCGCGUGCUGGAAGGAUUUCGUCAUAGUGCUCAAGCGUUUCUUGGCUAAAGGACGCCGAACUGCUAUGAAAUCAAAUUAGUCUUUGGGGUUUAGAAAGGAAGGUUACGUACCCCACAAAAAAUUAUUCUGUAGAGUCAAUGGCAAAUGCAAUUAUGACAAAUGCCUUCUAUCUACUGCUCGUGUGAUGUGAGUGUGAGCUGAACAUGUCAGUCCGAUUGGCGGACUAUUUCGUAGUGGUCGGUUUCGACCACUGCAAAGAGCGCUCCGGGAGUAGUCAAGGUAUUGUCGAGCAGAGAUAUCCUAUUAUCGACUGGAAAGAUGUGCCCUUCAUUCGAGGCAUCGAAACGUUCUGCCAGCCACAAGGCUGGUCACUGGCAACCCAACCACUUAAGCCAUCGUUUUUCGUUGCGGUACUAACUGACAUUACGGGGGCGCGGCAUAAUGCGGCAAUAUUUGCUUUCACGGAACCAGUUGCUUUGGAGAAGCAGCAUGAACGGCAUUCUCUGACAUACGCGCCUCGAUGUCUGGUCUUGGUUGCGAGACACGCUCACAUCAACAUACUUAGGCAAUGUUUGGGUUUAAUAUACACGGCGCACGUGGACCGGCUUCAAGCUCCCUUAGAGACCUUGGUGGGAAACGUCCUCGGGGCUGUUACAGUACCCCCACCAGGCUCCCCACCGUUACGCUUUUCACUCGGAGCUGGCGAUUUGCAGGUUAUUGAACCCAGAAAGUUUGCUGCAGUUCCCGUCACCGGAACGAGUGUCUACUCAUUGUUUUCACAGCUUUCGGCACACAAUGUGGUUCAACUAUUGUGUGCAGCGAUGUCUGAAUUCAAAAUAGUUCUUUUCUCCCAAAGCCAUUUGCGCCUACAACAGUCCUGUCAUGCGAUCAUCUCAUUGAUGUAUCCGUUUCAAUAUACACAUGUGUAUAUCCCUCUUCUACCAUCAGCGCUAAUCGAAGUUCUCAAUACACCGACGCCGUUCAUCAUGGGCUGUCACGCUUCAUUACGAGACGAAAUCUACGAUAUCUACGACGUGAUGAUGGUUGAUCUCGACAGUGGGUCGCUUGACGUACCACAAUGUGUACGAAUUCCCGCCUUGCCAGACACGCUUUUACAGCGUCUCCAUGCCGACCUUUGCUCGGCACUACAGCCGGAGCUGUUAACUGCAGACGACGCGUUUCCUUCAGACGUAAACAGCUGCGGUAAUGGGCCGACCACUGGUGGACGGGAGCGAUGCUCGAGUGGCCGCGAAGACCCAGCGGCUCUCGACAAGCAAAUCCGGGCUAUCUUUUUGCGUAUGUUUGCCCAAAUGCUGCAGGGGUAUCGAUGCUGUUUAACCGUUGUACGAGUCCAUCCCGAAUCGCUCGUCGUUUUCAAUCGGGCGGCAUUCCUCAGUCGACGUGAGGUUGCCAAGAAUAAAUCAGAGUUCGUCGAGAAACUACUCGAGUCAAUGUUUUUCCAACAGUUCGUCGAAGCCCGCGGUCCGCCAUAUCGGGCGUGUGAUCUCUUUGAUGAGGUCUACGUCGAGAUGCAACAGCUAAUCAAAAGUCGGGAACAACAUAUUCUCGACAUCGGCAAGCUACUAUAUGAAAACGAGCACCAUGGAUCCCAGCUGCUGCAACGGGUGCCACAGCCAACGCAAGGCGCGUUCACGCGUAUUCACCAACCGCCGUUUCCUCGGCUUGUCGACCAGCAGAUCACAGCGAUCAUUGAACAGAAUGCUACUGGAAAGUCAUCGGCAAAUACUGGUUCUGCUAAAGGCGGUGAAGGACUUCGGAUUGUACCGAACGCGGGAUUAGCCGGACGCUCGGCGAGUGGUGCCGCCAUGGAGAGGAAGCUGGAUGUGCUACGACAGUGUGUCAGGUGUAUCCUAGCCGAACGUAAUCUUGCUGAAGCCCGGAAGUGUCUUCCAGGGGUGUUGCGAGCAUUUGAGAGUCCCUCAGCUAGGGCCGCUCUAUCGUACGAGUUGCGUCGACACGUCGGCGGGACAAAUCGUGUAGAACUUGAUGUGGGACAGUUUGAUUUGAUCAUCCGCCUAAUGAAUGCGGCGCUACAGGACGAUCCACACACGCACGUGGAUAACACAAUCGGCGUCGCUAUUCUCCUCCUGCCUCUAACACAGAUCUUCUGUCGUCGCCUUACACAAAACGUUGUCCAGUUUGCCUACACAUGUUUACAAGAACAUGCGGUUUGGGCAAGCCCCGAGUUUUGGCAGGCCGCGUUCCAUCAGGAUGUGGAACGAAAUAUUGUGGCCUUGUAUCAAGAAAGUAACGAGUUUCCAGCUACAGCUCUCGAGUUGUGCGCAACUCAGAUAAAGCUUGCUCAGGGUAACAAUACGGAUACGUUUCAAAUUAAUACUUGUGCUCAGCGAGAGGAGCAGACCGUUUAUAGCCAAGCGGUCGAGUACAUCUACCUGAUCACGUGUCUCCGAAUUCCGCCAGACCUCCGUUCGUCGAGAGGUGGCCACGGCGUUGGCGGGGGUGACAAAACGAAUGCAGGUGGCAGCGAGAGUAACUCGAUGUGCGAUGCCGAUUCGGUCGAUGGUGAAGGGUCGUUUGCCGCUCCAGAAGAUGAUUCUUGCCUUGCACUUAAACAGAGUGUUAUAAAAUUCAUCUCCCGAUUCAUCGAUAAGGUGUGCACUGACGCCGGAGUGACGCCGGAACAUAUGCGACAGCUGCAUUCCAUGAUCCCACAACACGUUGAUAUGCAGUUAGACGAAAUGCGGCAGGUUAACAGAGAAAGUCAACGUCUUCCUCCAGUCCUUAAGGCCAAAAUUCUUCAACCAUGCCUUCUGCCCGGUGAAACUGUCUUUGUAGGAAUAAGGGCCUAUUUAAUACCAGACGGUCGUCAGGAGGACCUUGUGAUGCCGCUUAUACCGGCCGAGGGUGCGCUCUUCGCGACCAAUUACCGUAUAGUGUUCAAGGGAACCCCAAUUGAUCCCUAUCUAUGUGAACAUACCGUUAUUCGAGCUUUUCCCAUUGCCAGCCUCAGCAAAGACAAAAAAUUUACUUUGCCAAAAGAGCUGAAAAUGGAGCAAUGCCAUAGCGACGGUCUACAGUUACGCUCGCAUUCAUUCGAGCUUAUGAAGAUCGCUGUAGAUUUAGAGGUCAGCAUCGAGACGAUUGAAAUGCUAAGGCAGCACUGGCAUACGGCGCCACUCUUCGCUCUCUCCAAGGGUCAAAUUUCAGUUGUCUCGAAAUUAAAAGAGAAGCAUCAUACGCUGAGAUUUAAGAAGAAAAUUAUUCAGACAGCGGUGAAGGCAGGACUAUCCAAGGGACGAAAUUAUGCAGCAACAUUAACGCAGACGUUACCCAAUGAUCGGACAAUUCUCGCAACUCUCCCUGACGAGGGUCCGUUUAGUAUGGCCCCUUGGGAAGCAACACUAAACAAGGACUAUCAGCGUCUACAGCUUACAGGUCACAAUGGCUUGUUAAGUAUAGGGCAUGUUCACACACUCUGCAAAAGCUACCCGCCAUUGGUGGUCGUUCCAUCUUCUGCAAAUUCGGAUCGGUUACAAAAGGUGGCCAAAUGUUAUAGACAUGGCCGUUUCCCCGUGGUAACCUGGAGGCACCCACGAACCAAAGCACUACUGCUACGCGGAAGUGCAUUGCAUGGCAAGGGAUUAGCACACCGCAUCGGUGCGCAGGGUGCCCAAGGCGAGACGUCUAUGUGGAUCGAGCAAGAAAAGUACGUCGGCACGAUUAUUGCCGGCGCAAGUCAGUCGAUGACGGCUUCCGGAGGUGGUACCCUGACAGCGUCCGGCUUCUCGAGCGGUGGUUCGUUCACGCGUAGCGGACCGCACCGAUGGUCCGGUGGGGCUAAAUCCCUAGCACUGACCUACCGCCAACCGCCACAUCGCGAGAGUAUUUCUGACCGACACUCACUAGCGAGUAUGUUGUCGGGAUCCGGCGGGGGUAACGAUGCCGAGACUAGCAGUGCCAGUAGUUUUUUCAGUCGUGCAUCGCUGUACAUUGUCAGCGAGAAAAGCCAGUGCCGCGGUGUCAAACCCCCCUACAAUGCCGAGUACAUUGCUGUCGAUACCUUCGAAGUAGCAAAAGUUCGAGCGGCAUUCAAGCAGCUAUGUAGUGCUGUGUGUCCAGCUCAAGCAGAGAGUGAAUCGGACGGGCAAGGUCAUCGAGGAGGUCGGUUAAUGACACGAUUGGAAGACUCUGGGUGGCUCCAGCUUAUUCAAGAACUAAUGUUCCACUCCGCUCAGUUGGUAGAACUUAUACAUGAGGAAGGCGCAUCGGCGAUGUUGUGCCUCGAAGAGGGAUGGGAUGUUACAUGUCAGCUGUCUUCUCUCAUUCAACUUUGCCUAGACCCUCACUACCGAACGCUAGACGGCUUCUGGACACUAAUCGAAAAGGAGUGGUUAGCAUUUGGGCAUCGGUUUGCCCAACGCGGUGGCCUGAAUCAGACGACGUCUGGAUAUGCCCCUAUCUUUUUGCAAUUUCUUGAUUGCGUUCAUCAGUUGCUCAAUCAGAAUCCAACGUCGUUCGAAUUCAACCAUUUUUAUCUGAGAUUUCUCGCCUAUCACAGCGUUUCGGCGCGCUUCAGAACAUUUAUCUACGAUGGCGGGAUAGCUCAGUCGGUUGAAGUGGAUUCUGACGCGCCGGAUGUUUUUGAGUAUAUCCAGAAGGUGCACUCCAAUGCGCCUAUCUUCCACAACUAUUGGUACGUAGCAGAGUAUGAGGAGGUACUUCGGCCACAAUUCUAUUUAGCGAACCUUGAAGUGUGGGACUAUUACCUCGAAGAUCAUCUUGCCCAUGCGUCGCCGUAUGAAUUUGAAAUCGUUCUGGCAGAAAACGAAUGCUCUCAGAGCAACAGCGAACAGGCUGCUGCCGAAGAGCGCGAAGGCACAGCAAAUAUGCCUAAUUCGCAAGCCAGUUCAGAUGGAGAUCAGCAAAGUGGGCAAGGAGGUGGCAAAGCAGGCCAGAAUUACCCUGCUGGAUCGACUUCACAGUAUCAGAGACGCAUUAAUAUGAACGGAUACAACCAUAACGUCCAAGACGAAGCGGCUUUUCCUCUGCUAUUGGAUGAACUCCGACGAGCAGAGCUGGAACUGUCACGAAGUCCACAGAGAUGGAAAGUUGUCUGGAAUCGUUUAGAAGCGCAAAAUCUUCCUUUUCUGGGAUCGCAAGGACCCGAAGUAGUAUCAUCCGGUCCGGGCGGAAGGGGCGCCAUUCGCGGUUUACUCAGCCCAUCUGCGAUGGAUCUCGGGGCGUCGAUCGUACGCAAAGUCGAUGUACUAGUUCGAGGGCUAAGCAAUAAGGAGUCUUUUUUCAAUAGUACUAGUAGCCAUGCGCACCGCUUCGAACGGCAUUACUAUAGCACACCGACAUACUGCGAUCACUGCUCGAAGUUACUGUUGGGCCUUGUUAAGCCCGGCAUGAAGUGCCUCGACUGUGGAUACAACUGCCACGAUCGUUGUCAUGAUCUCGCGCCCACAAAUUGCACCAAGCUCAAACAGAAAGAGGUUUCGGUGGGGCACUCACAACCAUCGGCCGUUACGGCGUUGCCUAUUCUUCCAUUGACGGAAUCGACCGCCGCGUACGAUCAGUUGACAUCGCGAAUAAUCGAGACGAAAACUUUCGAGGGUUACCUAUGCAAACGUGGCGCGCUGCUCAAGGGAUGGAAGCAGCGAUGGUUUGUUUUGGACUCCACCAAACACCAACUCAGAUAUUACGAUGGACAGGAGGAUGCCGCAAUCAAGGGCGUUGUGGAGCUGAGCGAAAUUCUAUCGGUUGUUCAGCACGGCGACACGUUCGAGCUUCGCACCCGCAGUCGAAACUAUGGCCUCAUGGCGGAAAGCGACAAGAAAGCUCAGGAGUGGGUCGAGAAGAUACAAGCUUGCCUUCAGUAGGAACAAAUUUAAACAACAAUAAGAGCUACUUUCGAAGCAGAGUACAAGCACAAGAGGAUAAAGGUGAUUCUGCCGGUCAAAGACAAAACUCGAAAAUGAUGAAACUGAAUAAAGUGACAAAAAGUGGUACUGAUUGGCUCAACUUCGAAUCUGAUUAUGAGGACAUCCUUCAAGAAAUUGAUCUUCUCGGAUUUGAGGAGAUCUAAAUAGGGGCCACUUAUUAACAUUUGCGUUAAACUUUUAGUUCUGAUUCAAUGAAAAAGGUAAACAUAUUGAUCCAGCAACUAAUUAAACAAAAAUGGGUUUGUCUUUGUAUUUGGCGCCUGUAUGUUUUUGUACAACUCAAAUGUAAGGAUAAAACUCUUGUUUAGUAUUGUUAACAGCCCAUAACGGCGUGGGGAUGAAAGCUUGACACAAACAUUAUUAGUAUCAUCAUUAUUACUCAUUUAGGAGGUCUACUUUCUCUAAAGCACCAACCAAACAUGCACAUGUCCAAAGUGUAUACUUUGGCCAAACCGCCCGGCUAUAUAAUGGACUAUAGCCGUCAAUUUGUAGUGGUUCAAGAUAUAACUGUACAGGGAAACUGCAAGGAGACAACGAGAGCGUGAAAACAGAUGCUUUAAUAUUAUUAUAACAGAUAUUCCUGUUACUAUUAUUGCGGCUUCAAACACACAAUUCACUUCAAUGCAAUGAUAUACAAAGGGCUGCGCCGUACAUGUAGCAAAAGAAAACAAAAAACUUUGUAGUGUUACAAUAGUUUAAUCUAUAUUCAGCAUUGUUUUCUAUAUAUAUAUACGAGCGGUAUAUAUAUAUAUAUAUAUAUAUAUGUACCACUCGUAUCCUAAGAGGGUAACAAUGCGCAACAAUCAAUAACAAUAAUGCUCACAGCGCUUUACACAUGCAUACAUACACAGACACACACACACACAGUCGCAAUGCGAUGGAUACGUGCACGGACAUAUGUAUGUAUCUAAACGAGGAGUGCAGUAUAAUAAAUGAAAUACUUCAAGGAUGCGCUGCUUUGUAUGCAUAUGCGUGCAUAUAUACAGGGCGGCCGAGGGGAGAUUGCGGAAGCUGCAAACGCUCGCAGGGACACGACGGAACGAUUAGUUAGGAUUGUAUAUUGCGAAAAAAACUUAAAGCAAAAGGGGUUGAGGGGAGUGGUAAGCCAGCUGAGCCAGCUAAACGAAAGUGUGUCUAAAUGAGCAACGAAAAAUGCAAUAUGUAUGGUAAAGAGGGUACAUAAGCGUUACAAUGCCUUAUCUGUGUGAAAGAGAGGUAAUUUGCAGUGCUCACUAUAGGCUGACUUUCGUUGGUGACCGCGCUCCUCACGUGAUAGCUAAACUACAAUGAAACUGGGUAAAAAAACGAAGCGGAGAAUGUAGAGCGGAAAGGUAAAAACUAAUGGGUGAUAAUUAUUAAGCAUGUUUAUAUCUGAACGUUGAUAUUAUCUCAGUUAGCCUAUCUCAUAGUGUACAUUGAAUUAAUUGCAAGCAACGAUGAUUUAUUAGCAAAUAAAGACUCAUUACA